AUGCCUUUUUUCUCGAAGUUGAUCAGCGCUGCGGCGCUCGCUCAGAUGGCGACUGCGUAUACGCAGGUUAACCUCAUGAGCGCGUUCAUGACCAAAAACAUCGACCCUAUUGUGUUCCCGGGCUCUUACAGCGAGUCUCAUUUGCACUCCAUCUUUGGCUCUGAUGCUAUCACCGCGUCGACGAACACCUCCGCCGAACUCCAAGCCGGAUGCACCAAUGCCGACAACCCCAACGACCUCUCCGCCUACUGGGUCCCUACCCCUCUCUACACCACCGACGGCGGCAAGACCUACCAACCCAUGGGCAUGUUCCGCUUCUCCGCGUACUACAACCUAGGCGAGACCCCCGCCGAGGUCGCCAUCCCGCAGAACCUGAAAAUGGUCGCUGGAAAAGCGACCGCCACAUCGGAAGCCGAAAUGGACGCCAACGCCCAGAGCAGCUGGGGCUGCGAAUCCGAGGACGUCGCCCUCGACUCCAACGGUUUCCCCUCCAGCACCUGCAGCACGCACGUCCAGCAGUUGCUAUACUUCCCAAAUUGCGUCAAUCUCGACACCCUCGAGACGGCGUACAAAGACCGCCGCGGCGGCUCCUGCCCCACCGGCAUGAAGUCCAUGCCCCAGCUGCGCUUCUCCAUCCGCUGGGACCUCCGCAGCGAUCUCCCCGACGGCUGGUCCGGCGAGGCCCCCAUCAAGCUCGCGUGCGGCAACGCGUUCUGCAGCCACGGCGACUUCAUCAACGGGUGGACGGAGGAGGCCGCCGAGAAUAUGCUGGCUACGACGCAGGAUAAGAUGCAUUUCAGCGCGGUGACGGGCAGCUUGGGCACCGAGCAGAUGAGCUGUACGCCUACUGAUGCGGAGCCUGAUAAGGGGACGAGCGACUAUGCGGAGAGCGUGAGCAUGAUGAGUAAGCGGAGUGUGGGUGCUUGGGGGUGGGCGAGCAGGAGCCGUAUGAGUCGUGCGUAG